AUGAAGUUCGCAGCUACCCUUCUGGCAAAUCUGGCUCUGGCCCUCCCAUCCCUCUCACAGCCACUCGAGGAGCGCGAUGUCUUUCAAACCGUUCACUUGACUUUCCGUGGCGGUCCGGCAUCUUACCAACUUAACAUCCCUGCCGAUGGACAAAUUUAUCCUACAAACAAUGACCUCUCCAUCAACAUCAUCGACGCGCCUGAUUAUAACGCAAUCUACCAGUGCACUUUCCACACCAACGGCGAAAAGGCUUUGGUCAGCGGUAUUACCCCUCAAGGAAUCCAGCAAGUCAUCAUUGGACCCCCGCAACCAGUCACGGGGGUUAGCUGCUUCGGUUUCUGUGUUGGGACAUAUGAGAACUGCUAUGGAAGUGAUGGCCAGUACAUCGGGCCGUGUUGCAAUGGAUAUUGCGCGGCGAACAAAUGCAGGCCUUGGGUUUCGCCGUUUUAA